AUGGCAACAAGCAACGGCGCCGGCAGAGACGCUGCUGAUGGCCGGCCGCGCAUCCUCAUUCCAGAAAAGGUGUCACCAGACGGCCUGGCAAUGCUGGAGCCGUACUUUGACGUCGACGUCAAGCUGGGCUUGACUCCCGACGAGCUCAUUUCUCAGAUCCCGGUGUACCAGGGCCUGAUUGUCCGAUCCGAGACCAAGGUAACAGAAGAGGUUCUUGCUGCCGGCAAGAAGCUUCGAGUGGUGGCAAGGGCGGGCGUGGGCGUUGACAACAUCAACGUGCCGGCGGCGACCUCGCGAGGCAUCAUUGUCGUCAACUCGCCCUCGGGCAACAUCCUCGCUGCAGCGGAGCACACCAUAGCCUUGCUUCUGGCCACUGCCAGGAACAUUGGCAGGGCAGAUGGGAGUUUGAAGCAGGGCGGCUGGGAACGCAGCAAGCUUGUCGGUAUCGAGGUGGGACGAAAGGUCCUGGGCAUCGUUGGGCUGGGCAAGGUUGGCAUGAACGUGGCACGGAUGGCCAAAGGCCUCGGCAUGCAAGUCAUGGCUGUCGAUCCAUAUGCCAAUCCCGACAUGGCACGCCAGGCGGGCGUUGACCUCGCACCUAGUCUAAAGGACAUCCUCCCAGCCGUGGACUUUCUCACCAUCCAUACGCCACUGCUCGCAACCACCCUUGACCUCGUGGGCGAAGAAGAGUUCAAGUCGAUGAAGAAGACAGCCAGAGUCCUCAACGUCGCCAGGGGAGGAGUAUACAACGAAGCCGCGUUGCUCAAAGCCCUUGACGAGGGAUGGAUUGCCGGAGCCGGCAUCGACGUCUUCACUUCAGAGCCCCCGGCAGCAGACUCGGCAGCUGGCCAGAUAGCCAAGCACCCCAGAGUGGUGGCCACGCCUCACUUGGGAGCCUCCACCGUCGAGGCGCAGGAAAACGUAUCAAUCGACGUGUGCACGCAAGUACUCGAGAUUUUGCGAGGAGGCCUUCCCACCAGUGCCGUCAAUGCCCCUAUCAUCCUGCCCGAAGAGUACCGCAAGCUCCAACCCUUUGUGCAACUGAUUGAGAAGAUGGGCCGUCUCUACAUGCAGCAUUUCGUCAGGUCCAAGGGAGGCCUCGUUGGCGGACGCACCUUUGAACUGGUCUACCACGGCGACCUGGCUGGAAUGCCAAACACGAAGCCGCUGUACGCAGCGCUGGUAAAGGGCCUGGUCGCCUCCUUCAGCGAGACUCACGUCAACAUUGUCAACGCGACGCUGAUUGCCAAGGAGAAGGGCAUCAAGAUAAGCGAGACACACUCGCACCAGCCAGGCGAGCAGACGUAUGCAAACCUGGUGACGCUCAGGGCGCACGCAGAGGACGGCAGCGGCCAGCAGACGAUUGAAGGCUACGCUUCGGGCAAGCGGCUGUACAUCUCCAAGCUGGACCGCUUCAGCGCCACGUUCAGCCCCGAGGGCACCAUGAUCAUCCUGCACAACUAUGACGAGCCGGGCAAGAUUGGAGGCGUCGGCAUGGUGCUGGGCUCCCACGGCAUCAACAUUCGGUUCAUGCAGGUGGCCAGUCUGGACCCAGAGCUGAAGGAGGCCGAAGCAGAUGCUGCCAAGGGGAACGAGGCCCUGAUGAUCUUGGGUAUCGACCGGCCGGUAGACGACAAGGUGAUGGAGGGACUGCGCAAGUCUGAGGGCGUGCUGGACGUGGUGCUGGUGCGGCUGUAGGGAGAUGGAAGAGAAGAAGAACCUUGGAAGUCUCGAGAGGCAGAUCAGGAAAUGGGUUAAAUACUCUCUUAUCGAUUGGUUGCUUUCAAGUUGUAGUUUUGGCUCAAGCUCGGCGUUGCAUCGUACUUGAAGCAGCUCUAUUCAAGCAAUGGC